GGUGUGCCAAAUACUUCACCCUUCUUCAUACCUGUUACACAUCUGAAUUUCAACACCCACAAUAUGCCUCCUGCAAAUACUAUCAAAGUAAAUGUCAAAUGGAGUGGAAAGAAGUUUGACGACCUUGAACUUAACUUGGAUGAACCUGGGUUAGUCUUUAAGGCACAGCUUUUCGCAUUGACAGGAGUCGAACCUGAUAGACAAAAAAUCAUUGUCAAGGGUGGUACUCUUAAGGAUGACGCCGAUAUGAAUAAGCUUGGUCUGAAAAAUGGCCAUACUUUCAUGAUGAUGGGCACUGCAGGAGAGCUUCCAAAGGCACCAGAGAAGAAAAUCCUUUUUGCAGAAGAUAUGACGGAGGCUACUCUCAAUAAGGCGAUGGACAUCCCUGUUGGACUGACAAACCUAGGCAAUACUUGCUACAUGAAUGCCACCCUUCAAUGUCUUCGCGCUGUUCCAGAGUUGGUUCAAGAUUUACAGAAAUAUCAGGGUGGGACGGAUAACUUGGAUACUGCAAGCAACAUGACAGCAUCCUUGAGAGAUCUUUAUAGGCAGCUCAAUACUUCUGGUCAUGAUGUAUUGCCUGUAGGAUUCCUAACACAUUUACGCAGGGCGUUCCCCCAGUUUUCUCAGCAAGGACGCGAUGGCGUAUGGAUGCAGCAGGACGCAGAAGAGUGCUGGAGCCAACUUAUUUCAACUUUGAAGGCAAAGCUUCCUCCACAUGCUGAGGGAAAGCAAAACGUGGUUGCUCAGUUUAUGCAAGGAGAAUUUACUACAACAUUGAAAUGCGAUGAAGCACCAGAUGAGGAUGUAAUUAUUACCAAGGAGCCGUUUUCCAAGCUUGAUUGUCAUAUUUCCAGUAAUGUCAAUUACCUGCACAACGGGAUUUUGGAAUUCUUGGACCAAAAGAUUGAAAAAAACUCCCCAACUUUGGGCAGAUCAGCUAUCUACUCAAAGUCUCAGAGAAUCUCUCGACUGCCUGCUUAUUUAACUGUCAACUUUGUCCGGUUUUUCUGGAAGGCAAAUGAGCAGGUCAAGGCCAAGAUUUUACGCAAGGUUAAAUUCCCUUUCGAGCUUGAUGCUUCCCAAUUUUGUACUCCAGAGCUUCAAUCUAAGCUGACAAAUACCAAAGUGAAGCUUCGAGAACUGGAUAAUGCCGAGGCAUCCUUGAAGCGUCGGAAACGACUGGACAAAGAAGCUGGCCGUGAGGAGGCGAGUAAGACCUCAGAUGAACAAAAGGCUGUCGAUGCUGCCCUUGAGGCGUUAGAGCAAUCUUUGGAUCCAGAAUUGGUACAAGAUGUAGGCUCAAAUCCAUCUGGCCAGUAUGAGCUUGCCGCAGUACUUACGCAUAUUGGACGAACAGCUGACUCUGGACACUAUAUUGGUUGGACAAAAAAAGGGGAUGAAGAUGAAUGGUACAAAUAUGACGACGAUAAGGUCUCGCCAGUUUCAAAGGAAGAUAUUCUCAAGCUUGAUGGUGGAGGAGACUUCCACGUUGCUUACUUGGCGCUUUACCGUGCACGGAAUUUUGCUCGCAAGGCAGCAGUAACCAACAAUUCACAACCCUAAAGGUGUUCAUGUCUC